UACCUUCAGCUUCAUGAGGAAGUGGGGGGAUGCCGUCUUUACCAACAUGUCUUAUUAGGAACCUUUUAAUGAAGCAGGCUGUGGAGAUACAGCAUAACCCCCGCUGUUACUUCUACAUAUGUGGUUAUGUGUACGUUGGAAGAUAGGUAUCUAUAUGGUUGUCGUCACUGAAUAUCUCUAUUGGGGAAUUGUGGAGUAUGGCGUCGGCUGCUUUGCCGCUUGUCUUCCCACUCUUCAAUUCUUGUUUAGGCAUUUGUCACGGGCACCCAUUAUGAAAAGUGCCACGAGAGUCUUUAGUUUGCGAGGUUCAAGGUCGGAAGGCACCGUGAAUAACUACCCUUCUGACAGAGCUCUAGAGCUAGAUAUUGCUCUGAUCAACAGCCACAUAGUUAAACCAAAAACAUCAGCGACAAGUUUAUCCGUAAAGGCCAAUGGACCAAACUCGCUAGAGAACGUCCGGAUUCAUGAUAUUGUUUGAAUAUCUGGAUCAAUUCGUGUCCAAUCGCAGGGGUCAUUGACGGAGUUUACUGAUACAAAA